AAAGUGAACCGAGACUCCUACGGGGAAGAGGAGAGGGCUUUGCGAGUGGAGCCGGUUGCUUUAACCUUCAUUUACAUGAGCACAAGUGCAGGAGUUUUAAUAGCCCCGCUUUCUAUCGAUGCCGUCGGGGUGUGAGGACUCUGCGCUGCAUCCGAACCAUGAGAGUGAACCACAAAAAGACUUAAAGGUGUGAGCGCAAAGCCUUGACACACUGCCGAGGGACCAUGGAGCCAGAGGCAGUGCGCAUGUACUCUUCCUCUCCGCCUCCGCUGGAUGAAGGAGCAGAGGAUGACGACGACGAGUUUGGCGACUUUGGGGGCUUCUCCGGGGUGCCGUCUAGUGUCAGCUUCACAGAGUUUGACACUCCCGCCACCUUCGGCCAAUCACAGUCCGCAGCAGACACGUCGCCCCCCAGUCUCUUCAACAACGGCGGGGCCACAUUCACGGACCUGGGCCCGGGGCCUUUUGGCAGGGGCUCUAUGGAGGACGAUUCUGUGUCGUCUGACACGGAUGUCCAGGGCGCCGAUUCCUCCAGCAGCUGGGACGGCCCCCUCCCUGGGAAAACAGCGGGUGCCGAGGACUGGAAAAAACCAGCAACUCUGACCCAACCCGGCACAUGUUUGAGCUCCUCCAACCGGGAGACGCGUAGCGGUCGGACCGCAGCCGAGGCCCCAGACUGUAACGGGGGCAUCCCUGUUACUGAGGUCCUCACAAAUGGGUUCACGGCAUUGGACGUGCAGGAAGCUGGCUCCGCCCAAAGCCCUGUCCACCCCCACAAAAAAGGGAGUGCCCCCGUCACCCCGCUCGAGUGCCGCUCCUCGAGCCCCGCCGAUGAGUUUGCGGAUUUCUCUGCCUUUUCCAGCACUGUCAUGCCAGUGGACUCCAGUCAGGGAACAGAUGCAGCAGAGCACAGGGACGGCUGUGAUGAAGGGAGGUUACUAGGUGACGGGGCGGGGCUAGCAUGGGCCGACUCGGCAGGGGGGGUCGGGAACACUGGGGCAGCAGCCUCUGCCGAAUCCACCUUGGGGACGAGGGAAGGCCUGAGUAACGGGGAGGGGGGCUCUCACACAGACAGUGACUUUGAGCAAAGGGACGUGGAGCCAGGUACUGCACGCCUGGGCUCAGAGGACUCCACACUGGAGAAUGGCUGCGAGGAGGCUGCGGCAGGGGGGCCGGACACAACCAAAGGCGGGGCUUGGCCUUCGCUGUCAGAGGAUAGGCUGGUACCCCAGGAAGGGGCGGAGCUCCGCGGUGCUGUUGAUGACACCGUGUCCAGUGACAGACUGGAGGACUCUGGAGAAAACAGGACUGGUCCUGCUUCUUCACCGACACCCUGUAGAGGGCAGACACCUUCUGACUCUGGACAGCCUGAGGAAGAUGAUGAGGACUUUGGGGACUUUGGGGACGCGACCACAUGUGGCCAUCAGGGCUUUGCCAACUUUGACCGGGCGGGUGAUGGCGACCCGGCCUCGGCUGGGGGGCCGGAAGGUGACUCUGAGCCCGCCGGGCAGUGUCCUGAUGAGGAGGACUUUGGGGAAUUUAACUCUCCAAAAGACCACGGGGGCGUAAAGGAUGGCGAUGGUGAGGAAUCUCAGUUUGCAGAUUUCCCCGCCAGUGACAGUUUUGCGGACUUCAGCUCCGCCCCGGUUGGUGCCAACCCAGAUUUCGACACGGGGUGGAAUGCUUUUGGGGAACAGGAGCAGGGUCAGGACCAGGGAGGAGAUGAAUCCUGGGCGGCCUUUGGACCGGAGCAAAGCACUUCUGAUGCAGAGGAGAGUGAAGGGCAGUGGCAGGGCAGCCCUUCUCUCUCAGCGCCCCCUCCUGACAGCCCACAGACCUGCAGGAGAGCCAGCCUAGUGUCGCUGGCCAGCCGGCUGGAGCGGCUGUUUCAGGUCAGCUUCCCAGAUGCACACGCCGUGGAGCCCGAGGCCACGGAGGAGGUCAUCUCGUUGCAGGCGCUGCUGGAGCCCCCGGAGAAGCGGCAGGAGAGGAGCACCACGGCGUCCCCAGGGGGGUCAUGCAACGUGUGGCAGCAACUGCAGGACAUCCAUAACGCCUUUGGCCUACGGCAUCAGUGGGGGGGCUCGCACAGCAACAAGACCCUGCUCUGCUCCCUGGGCAUCGAUACCAGGAACAUCCUGUUCACAGGUCAGAAGAAGCAGCCUGUGAUCGUGCCCAUGUAUGCCGCCAGUCUGGGUAUGCUGGAGCCCACCAAAGAACCCGUGAAACCCAUUUCGGCCGCAGAGAAGAUCGCUUCCAUAGCACAAACACCUCCGGUCUCCCCGGAAAUCGGCACUUGCCCGCGGGACCCAGGACAGCAGGAGGCGCUCCCCCCUGUUCAGUUCGACUGGAGUAGCAGUGGCCUUACUAACCCCCUGGAUGCUAGUGGAGGCUCCUCUCUGCUCAACCUCGAUUUCUUUGGGCCCGUGGAGGACACUAGCUCUAUCACCACCACGUCUAUUCCAGGUGUGGACCCCGAGCUGUACGAGCUCACCACCGCCAAGCUGGACACCAGCGCCUCCAGCAGCCGUGUGGCUGACGCCUUCGCCCGCCUCAUGUCCACUGUGGAGAAGACCAGCACGUCCACCAGGAAGCCUCGCAAGGAAGAGCACCUGAGCGAGGAGGCGGCGAAGGUGAUCAGCAGCCUGCCAGACCUGUCCUUCAUGCAGGCCAAGGUGCUGAUGUUCCCCACCACGCUGACCCCCUUGGGCACGUCCAGCGGCACUGCCACGCCCGACUGAACCCCCUCGCGUCUCCGCUAUUGGUCACCCCCUGUUCUGUCCUCCCUCUCUCUCUCUCUCUCUCUCUCUCGCUCACAUCUUGCUGCUGCCCAGUUUGCUUCAGAAAUCAAAACCCCGAGAGAAGCUCAACUCACCAUACGGAUGACAAUGAUCAUUGAGAAAUCAGAAAUAAAAGCAUAUAUUUAUUUAUGAACUUAAGUUCUGUGGAAGCAGUCUUGUUUAUUAUGAGAAUCAAUCUGUAAAUAAUCAGGGAUAUGAACUUCAGUUAUUUUUUGGAAGAUUAUUCCCCCCAUUCCGUGCUGGGAGUGCGUCUGUCUGUGGUAGUGAGAACACUGGCUGAGGUCCUUCUUGGAAGGCCAAGUAAAGUGAAUUCGAAAUAUAUAAAAAUAUAAAAUGAUGUACAUAACUUGAAACCACACUGCCUGCAAAAUCCAGCUGAAUGUUUCCUGUUGUGUUAAUUGCCUUAGUUUUUAUUUUUACUGUAUGUAGAUUUUAUUCUGAAAUAGAUUUUUUUCCAUUUGAUUUCUGUCAUUUUGCUUUUUUUUUGUUUUUUGUUUGUUUGUUUGUUUGUCGGAUGAUUUCGUUUGUUGUCAUCUGCGUCUGCAUCUCCGGAAAAUUAUGCCCCUGUGCUCGCUGGACACAGACGUCGUCUCGCUGUCGUUUCUGCUGUGUGAAGGUAGGGUUGGCGAUCUCCAAUCGAACCACUGGUAUUUUUGGAUAAGAGACAAACCGGAACGUGAGUUACUGAAGCGAUAAUCAGCUGAAAAUGACAAAGAAUGAGGGACCAAUAUGUACUCACUCAUUUCUCUUUUUCCACAAUGUUAAGUACUUGUUUGCCUGUCUCGUUUUCGUCCCUGCCUUUUUGUUUGAUUUUGUUUAUGUUCUACUACUGUAAAUCUGUUUUUAGAAGGAUUUUGCACAUUGUAAAGAUGAAGUGGAUGUAAUCAUAGUUCGCUGUGGCUUUAGACUGUGUACAGUAAAACUAUGGACUGUAAAAUGUAUGGGAAAAUUCCUAUGGAAAAAGUCAAUACAGUUGAAGAGCCUGUCAAAAGGUUAAUAUGCAUGCCCAGCUUCUUUACUGACUUAAGUGUGUAAAUUUUAGUGUACACAGGAAAUUAAAAUAAUUUAAGAGAA